GUCCGAGCGGCGGCGGCGGGAGGAGCGGGAGGAGCGGGGAGAGCGGCGGGAGCAGCGGGAGCAGCGCACCGAGCCAGCCCAGCCAGCCCAGCGAGCCAGCCCAGGAUGAUAAACACCCAGGACAGUAGUAUUUUACCUUUGAGUAACUGUCCCCAGCUGCAGUGCUGCAGGCACAUUGUUCCAGGGCCUCUGUGGUGCUCCGAUGCCCCUCACCCACUGUCGAAGAUCCCCGGUGGGCGAGGGGGUGGCAGGGAUCCUUCUCUUUCAGCUCUGAUAUAUAAGGACGAGAAGAUCACUGUUAACCAAGAUGUCCCAGUGCACGAAGGGAAGCCUCAUAUUGUCCACUUCCAGUACAAGGUCACAGAGGUGAAGACCUCCUCCUGGGAUGCAAUGCUCUCUAACCAGAGCCUCUUUGUGGAAAUCCCUGAUGGAUUAUUAGCUGAUGGAAGCAAAGAAGGGUUAUCAGCACUGUUGGAGUUUGCUGAAGAAAAAAUGAAAGUAAACUACGUCUUUAUUUGCUUCAGAAAAAGCAGAGAAGACAGAGCUCCACUCCUGAAGACAUUCAGCUUCUUGGGCUUUGAAAUCGUGAGGCCUGGUCACCCCUCUGUCCCAUCACGGCCAGAUGUGAUGUUCAUGGUGUACCCCCUGGAUCAGAACUCUUCCUCUGAUGAAGAAUAGCUGCAGCAGGGGACUCCAGUGUGACCUGAAAAUGCCAUUGAGGGGAGAGAGGGUUACAUCUCCUUUCUUGAGGAAAGGGAAAACAAGCUUCUGUUGGACUGAAACUGCAUUUCUCAUUGUUAGAUUGGCCUGUGUAUCCUCAGAGUUGACUAUCUCAUUGAAAUGUGUUGCCUAGAGAACUAUAUAUACACACAUGUAAUCACCAAAUAGUAAAUGGAAGAUGUUUCUGAACUGGCAUAGGAGCUCCUGAUGUGGCUGUGGGGUGAUAGCCUAGGGAGGUGCACCUGGGCCUACACCUGCCAGGGGAGCACAGCAGUAGAUGCAGAAUCAACUCCUUGACUUCCCUAAACCCACGUUGGUCCUGACCUGCACUCAGCUGACAAACUACCUUUUUCUUUUCACUCAGACUCUUAAGUAGAGGCAUGGUUUGGGUGGCACGUGGAGUUUACCUGUAACACUACAUUAAAACCCCCGUGCAUCGCUGCUUUGGGGUGACUGAUGCUCUUUUAACUGGGCUAACCUUUUUUUAAAUUUUUUUUUUUUAAAUUCUUGUGCUUCCAGCUUUUGUUUCAAGCAGUCUUAACUCUGUUCAUUGUUACCACUGCACUAUCACAGCGUUCAAUAAAAAGGGCAUUCAGAUGAA